CCAUGACACCCUCCAUUCAUAUCAAGAAGUGACUUUGACCACCCACUGCCAGACCUAGGGGGACGAGGUGCCAUUUCGGUACAUAAAAAUCACUUCACGUGACGUGAUUCGUACUCAGCGCGUCACGCCGCCAUUUCCAACGUUUCAGUUUCAACCAAUUUCCACCUUGUACAUCACUACCUCGCCCACGUAUCAGUCAAAGACCGUAAACAUGUUUUUAUCAUUCAAUCUUUUCAUUGUGCUCGCGCACGUCAUGCUGGCAGUUGCUCGGCGGCCUGUGAACAAAUAUCAAGAUCUCAUGGCCAAUACGAUACCCGCAGAUCCACGACGUAACGAGACGCUUGCCACGAGAACAAGCUCGCAGAUUAAUCAACCUCACCGCUCUCGAAAAGGCGCGAAACAGGCCGCCCGCCUCCAGAGACGAUCAGGUCGCUUGGCGUCGACUCCAGCCCGACUUCCUCGAGAAAACGCUGCGCCAACGCCUCAGCCUACGGGUCCUUCGUCCGUCUCGACUACAGUACAUAUAACCAGCGUGACUGAUUUUUCAAUCUUACUUCCAAGCGAUGGAGAGCUUGUAUCGGACGCGGAGAGUGACGGAACGGCGUAUUGUACCGAUGGAUCUGGCUGUCAGAACUCGUUUCCAGCAGGCUUCAUUACUGGCGCGAAUAUCUCGCAAGCGAGCGAUGGGUCGUAUAUACAGAUCACCGGCUGUUUAGACUCCAGCAAGUUUCACUUUGCCCAAAAUGACGCAGGAGGCCAGAUGGACGUUCGGUUUCCCAACGGCGCGCAGUGCACUUUCGGGGGAUACGGCGCAAGCUUCAUCGAGCAGGUUGAGCCCUCCGCCAAUCGUUUCUGCCUUCGCUGUUGUGCAUCCGCAAAUGACCAGGUCAACUGCAAUUCACAUAACGACAAAGCUGGUUGUCCUGUUGCUGUUCCUGGCAUUUAUGACUUCGCUGGAGUGAGCUGCUCCUAACACGGCCUCAUCAACAAUCUAUUUUCAACUAUUUCAUUCACGCACUUGUAGCCUAAGCUGAUUGACACUUCUACCAACAAUUGUAAUAUCAUUCGCACUGUAUCACUAUGCCCAAGCCGGUACGCAGU